AUGCCUCCUAUCAAUCGCUGUGUACCCGCCCUCAGGCGGCUCCGCCUAGCCAACAGCAACCUUCAGCAAUCCUCACACCUUCGACUCCAAGCCGCACGAUCUGCUGCUCAACCACUGCAGCGAAGAUGGCAACAUGCCGAGGCCACCACCAGCGCGCAACAGUUUGGCAAUCAAGAUCCUCCUCCGUCGAGAUCUGGCCUUAGUCAGAAGAAAAUCAAGACCACUGCCGAAUCGUAUCCCGACAUCAAGCGAGACCCUCGCUUCAAAGAGAUAACGAAGGACGAUGUGGACUUCUUCAGAGACGUACUGGGUGCAGACAAUGCCAUCAUUGAUGGACUCAGUCAGGACGCGAGCAGUGAUCUGGAGGGCUACAACGCAGACUGGAUGCGCAAGUACAAGGGACAGACACGGCUGGUACUGAAGCCAGCUUCAACGGAUCAAGUCAGCAAGAUCCUGAAAUACUGCAACGAUAACUUGAUCGCCGUCAACCCGCAAGGUGGAAACACUGGUCUGGUUGGAGGCUCGGUGCCGGUAUUUGAUGAAAUUGUCAUCAACCUUGGCCGCAUGAACAAGAUCCGGUCAUUCGACGAUGUAUCUGGUAUCUUGGUAGCAGACGCUGGUACGAUUCUGGAGGAGGCCGACAAUCAUCUGGCUGAACACGGCCACAUAUUCCCGCUGGACCUUGCAGCAAAGGGUACUUGUCAAAUCGGUGGCAACGUUGCAACGAACGCUGGUGGUCUGAGACUGCUGAGAUAUGGCAGCUUGCACGGCAAUGUCCUUGGUCUGGAGGCAGUCCUGCCAGAUGGCACCAUUGUCGACGAUCUUGGAAAGCUCCGCAAGAACAACACUGGUUACGAUCUCAAACAGCUCUUCAUCGGCGGCGAAGGUACGAUUGGUAUAAUCACGGGUGUCUCGAUAAUAUGCCCACAGCGAAGCCCAGCAGUGAACGUGGCAUACUUCGGUCUGUCAUCCUACGAGAAAGUGCAGGAAGCCUUCAAAGAGGCCAAGAAGCACCUCCAGGAGAUCCUCUCCGCCUUCGAGCUCAUGGACGGUGGAUCCCAGCAGAUCUACAAGCGUGCUGCCGGAGCUAAGCUACCACUCGAGAACGACUAUCCAUUUUACUGCCUGGUCGAAACUUCAGGAUCGAACACUGAUCAUGACAGCGAGAAGUUGAACGCAUUUCUUGAGCAUGUCAUGGGCGAGGGCAUCGUGGAGGAUGGUGUGGUAGCAGAAAACGAGACUCAGCUACAAAACCUCUGGAUGAACAGAGAAGGAAUAUCUGAGUCCAGUCAGCACUUUGGAGGCGUGUACAAGUACGACCUCUCGAUACCUCUCCCUGAGCUGUACAGCAUUGUAGAGGAGUGCAGACAACGUUUCCUGGACAACGGCCUGAUGAGUCUGGACGAUGAGUCCAAGCCAGUACUGGAUGUGAUUGGCUACGGACAUAUGGGCGACCAGAACCUGCAUCUGAAUGUUUGUGUGAGACGGUACGACAAAGAGGUCGAGAAAUUCAUUGAGCCGUGGGUUUACGAGUGGAUCCAGAAGAGAAGCGGAAGCAUCUCUGCAGAGCACGGCCUUGGCCUUGCAAAGAAGAACUACAUCGGAUGCAGCAGGAGUGAAAAUAUGAUCAAGCUGAUGGGCCAGAUCAAGAAAUUGUACGACCCAAACGGCAUCAUGAACCCAUACAAGUACAUAUAG